AUGCAGAUGGUGAGACCGAAGAAGAACGUCAAGUGCGCUAGCAGCCUGUCGAACCAUUCCUCUUCAUCACUGAAACCCCAACUGACCCAGUACUUUGUUUCAGCAACAUCAGCAGAACUCUGUUGCUGUGUCACAGGAGAACUAGCGCUUGCUUGGGCCUGGGUUGGCUUCGACGAAGUGUUGACAAAACGCAGUGAUGGUAUUGUUGCUGUUCGUGGAAUUGGUACAAUAAUUUUCACCAGCCGAGGAUUUUUGGCCAGUGAUUUAACGAUACCACUCCUCAGCAGUUGGUUCGCACUUAGACGGACUAAGUUGGCCAUUAUUCACUAG